AUGAAGCGUCCGAGUGAGGCUGCUCAAGAGCCCGUCUUCGUCAUCGUCGAAGUAGGCGACACCAAAACCAGGUACCACGUUCAUCGCUCUCUGCUCGUUGAGCACUCCGAGUACUUCAAGAAGGCUCUGAAUGGUCCCUGGAAAGAGGCGCAGGAUGGUGUCGUUACAUUGGAAGACGUUGAGUGCAGCACGUUCAGCAUCUUCGUCGACUGGGUGUACUCGCAGAGUCUUCCAAAGAAGGGCUCCGAGUGGUGCGACGAGGAGAACGACAUGAGGCUAGCUAAUGCACAACUUGCACGUACCAAAGCUCUCGUUUUUGGCGAUCGAAUGCUGUCUCCACUGUUCUACAAAAUGGUUCGCGACAGCUUGAUCGACCACCUUAUUAAGCAGACUGCAUACUACGAGGCUGUGAGCUAUGGCUUUGCUCAUCUUCCCAAGGAUCACGCAAUCCUCGAUCUCUUUGUGGAGUCGCAUUGCCGGGUUUUUGGGGAUUCAAGUGACACUGCUGGAAAUGGCGAACUCGAACUUCGAGCCAGUCUGCCACACGAUUUCCUCAUGCGCGUCAUCCUUCGUUACAGUCAAAUCGCUCAGUCAGUGCUACCUGACGACGAUAUUGAGCCGUGUGAUUAUCACGGUCAUGCGGAUGAAGAGGAGAAGAAGCAGUGCCAGGCAGAGGUAGAUGAGGACUGA